AAUAAUUAGUUAAUUAAUAGUAAAAGUAUUAAAUAAUUUAUAUAUAUUGUGUAUAAAAAGUUUUUAUACUCAAACCAUAACCAAAUGGCCAAUUGGUUGGGAGCACUCAUACGCACAAAACCUAUUGAAAAGUCGCCAAUAACUGCCACUAGACUGGAAAGAUGUUUGUCCACUCUAGAUCUAACAAUGCUAGGUAUCGGUUCUACGCUAGGUCUGGGCGUAUACAUACUGGCCGGUCAGGUGGCCAGUGUUAAAGCUGGACCAUCCGUUACACUAAGUUUCUUCAUUGCAGCCGUGGCUUCAGUUUUUGCCGGACUUUGUUAUGCGGGUUCUGCUUAUGUGUAUUCGUAUAUAACUGUCGGCGAAUUCAUGGCAUUCAUUAUCGGCUGGAAUUUAAUACUGGAGUACGCGAUCGGGUCGGCGUCAAUAGCCCGGGGCUACAGCGGGUACGUCGACUCCCUGGCCAACAAUCAGUUACAGAUACACUUCAAACGGUGGGCGCCCCUCGACUUCGGCACAUCACAGUAUUUUGACUUUUUUGCCUUUUCUAUUGCAAUACUAAUCGCAGCACUGUUGGCUAUGGGGGUAAAAAAGUCGACUAAACUGAACGCCGUGUUCACCGUUAUGAACGUUUUGGGCGUGAUUUACGCCAUCAUAUGUGGCUCAUUCAAAGCCGAUAUACAUAACUGGCAGAUACCGGCCGAAGAUGUGCCCAAAGGUGACGGUUCCGGAGGGUUCUUUGCGUUUGGUUUUACUGGGCUUAUGGCGGGCGCCGCCACUUGUUUCUACGGCUUCAUCGGCUUUGAUAUGAUCGCCACCACCGGUGAAGAGGUUAAAAACCCGGCCAAAGCUAUACCUCUCAGUAUUAUAUACUCACUUCUGGUCAUAUUUGUGUGCUAUUGCGGGGUAUCAGCCGUACAAACACUCAUGUGGCCAUACUAUGACCAAAAUCAGCAAGCACCUCUACCAUACGUAUUUACCAAGGUCGGUUACCCAUUUGCCAGCUAUAUCCUAACCGCUGGAGCCAUGGCUGGACUGUAUUCAAGUUUAAUGGGAACGAUGUAUCCGUUGACUCGUGUGCUGUACGCCAUGGGAAGCGAUCGAGUGAUCUUCGGGUUCUUCUCGCGAGUCCACCGCAAACUAAAGACACCGCAUUUGGCGACACUAUUCGCCGGCAUAUUUAGUGGCCUUAUGGCCGCCCUAUUCGAGUUCCAACAGUUGGCUGACAUGAUGUCCAUCGGCACACUAUUGGCGUACGCUUUGGUCUCAGUAUCCGUACUAUUACUCCGGUAUCAGAAACGGAGUGUCCAUCCGGUGAUCACCGAUGGGGACGACGACCACAACCGGAGGGCAGAGACCCGGAGCGAUAGGGAACGGCUACUCUUCACACCAAACAAUAGCCUAUUUAAACGGAUAUUCAAUGCGGACAACGAGUUAGAGCCCACACAAGAGACCACAACUGCCAGUCGCUAUCUUAUAGCCAUAAUAUGUAUUUUAGUGUCAGUAUUUGCAGCGCUGGUAGGCUUUAUGCCGCAACAGUUAUACCAUUUAGAGGCCAUGGCUUUGGCGCCGGUAGUCAUCACUCUAUGCCUAUUAACGGUGUUUAUGAUUGCGUUGAGACGACAGCCGCAGACCGCGGAGCGACUGUCGUUUCGGAUACCGGCCGUACCGUUAGUGCCGGUGCUCUCAGUAUUUGUCAAUAUAUAUCUGAUGAUACACUUGUCGAGCCUAACGUGGAUCAGGUUCGGCGUUUGGAUGGUUCUAGGAAUGUUUAUGUAUUUUCUGUACGGAAUCAUUGAAAGUAUCGGUCAUUUGAGUGAUAGUCAGAAGCGGUUGUAUUUGCGCGAAGAGGACGGACGACGACCCUCACAGAACUCGUACGCCUCGACAGCCACUGACCCAACCCUUACGCCCAAUACACCGGUCUUGUCGUCCACCAGACGUGAUGUCCAACCCAUCCAUUCAUCCCAUACUCACAGCUCAGAUGACGGAAACGAUGAGGAAGUGGUGGGAACUGAAGAUCAAAUGAUUACUGAUGAUAAUUCAGAUCAAACGCAAGUGAUAUUGUCU